CAUGCACCCAUCUGCCGCUUUCCUUCGAUCCACUUACUCCUCGAGACAUAUAAGUAGAGGACCUCAGCGCGACGUGUCUUUCUCCAGACCAUGGACUUGUCUUCUGAGGACGAAUUCGACCGCGUAGGUCCUAUCCCCGGAUCGAAGAAACGUCGCCUUCCCCGCGCCUGCGAUAACUGCAGGAAGCGAAAGACGAAGUGCGAUAGCUCGCAAACCGAGACCGGCAAGUGCACGAGUUGUGCGACGCUCGGAGUGGAAUGCGAGCAUACACUGCCCGUCAAGAAGCGCGGGCCUCAAAAGAAACGGACCUACGUCGAUGAUCUUGAGGACAAGGUCAAGCAACUAGAAGAGAUUAUACAUCGGCUGAAUCCAAACGUAAAUCUGGCGGAGGAGCUGGCAAACAUGCCCGUGCCACCUUCGGGGUCCACCAGCAAGCCAGCGCCGGAGACCCGCCCGACCUCCGAGUCCUCCUUCCCUGCUCUCAGUGGUGCGACCCCGCCUUCAGACUCAACGGCGGACGAGGACGAGGACUGGGAAGAGCGUAAUCAGACCGCCCUGUCUGACAAGCUCAACCAGCUGAACAUAGGGAUGGCUGACCACGGCGGCUUCAUGGGCCAGUCGUCCGCGUUCAUGCUGAUGCGCUCUGCCUUAUCGUUCAAGGAGACGCUGCUCGGCAAAGCGACACCAGGUAGCUUCGACGCUCACAUACGGCGAGCGAGAUUCUGGCAGCUGGAACCGUGGGAGCUUGAUCGACUCGAGGGGGAUGACAGGGUCGACUUUGACUUUCCCGAGCCCGAUUUACUAAACCACCUGGUCGACCAGUAUCUGACGCGCGCCCACUGCGUCGUGCCGAUCGUCCAUCGCCCGACCUUCCUACGAAACCUGCGCGAAGGUCUUCAUCACCGAGACCGAGGUUUCGCUUGCGCGAUCCUCGCAAUCUGUGCUGUCGCAUCCCGCUACUCGCAGGAUCCCCGUGUCCUGCUCGAAGGAGGGGACCGUCUAUCAGCAGGCUGGCGGUGGUUCAGUCAAAUACAAAGGCUGCCGUCGCCGAACCUGUUCCGACUGGCUACUCUGCACGAGGUGCAGUGCUACGCGAUUUGCGUUACGUACCUAGUGGGUACCAGCACGCCUCAGGCGGCAUGGAAUCUCAUGGGGAUGGCCAUACGCAUGUGUGUGCAGCUCGGCAUCCAUAGGAAGACAGGCCAGCCCCGCAGCGUGGAAAGCGAGUCGUGGAAGCGCGUAUUUUGGUCACUAAUCGCCAUGGAUAGCACCGUGAGCUCCUUCGUCGGUCGGCCUUGCGCUUUAUCUCGUGACGAUAUCGACUGCGAAUACCCAGUCGAGUGCGAUGAUGAGUACUGGGAUACAGGGGACCCCGAAACGUCUUGGAAGCAACCAGAGGGCAAGCCGUCCUUCGCCACCUGCUCCGUGUUCAAUCUGCGGCUCCUGGAAAUCCUCACCUUCGCGCUGAAGCACCUCUACUGCACUGCGCGGUCCAGGAUCUCAAUGGGACACGUUGGUCCGGAAUGGGAGAAGAAGAUAGCUGCCCAGCUGGAUGCCGCCAUGAACAAGUGGAUUGACGAGCUCCCAGAGCACUUGCGCUGGGACCCGCUGACGACGGACAACGUCCAAUUCUUUCAGGCAUCACUUCUCUACUGCACCUACUAUCAUGUGCAGAUCCAGAUACACCGCCCUUUCAUCAUCAAGUCUUCUCCCCUGACAUUCCCAUCACUCGCUAUCUGUAGCAACGCUGCGCGAUCUUGUGCGCGUCUGCUGGAGGUACAGGUCAAGCGGAAGCAGGUUCUUCCAAUGCCCCAACUCAAUGUCUCCGCCUUCAUCGCCGGCGUCGUACUCCUCAUGAACUUAUGGGCCGGCCCGAAGACCGGCCUCGUCCUCGACCCCCCGCGCGAGCUAAAGGACGUGGAAGCAUGCAUGAAUUAUCUGCGCGCCUGCGAGAACUUCUUGCAUAUAGCCGGGCGGUUCCACGACCUCCUUACGGAGCUCGCUAGUUUGCGCGAUGGGCCUUUCCCCGAAUUUCCCACCGCCGCGCCCUCGGCGGCGCGCAAACGGUCGCGCGUCGACUACGAGCAGCCUCCCGAGCGGCGCUCCUCUCUGCCUUCAACGCAGUCGACUUCUGCAGCCCAAGGGUCGUCGGCGCAGCAAGCUGGGUCAUCGACAUCACGCGCCCGACCGUCCCAGUCCACUCCCGUACCAUCUGCGCCAGAAGUCUCUUCGAGGCGCGCGGACAGCGAUUGGCAAGAGUCAUUCCUCGACCCGCACCCUUUCCGUGUGCCAGGCAACGCCCUCCACGAUUUAUCUUUCGGCGAGCAGGUGCCCCCGCACAUGGUCACAACACAGCGGCAAAUGAACCUUCAGGCCCAGCCGAUGGCGGGCGGCGCCUCCUCAAUGUCUGGCGGCGCAUCUCAGCUCUCUGAAGGCGCGUCAUACACGUCGCAGGGCCUGUUCUCUCAGGGCAACUCUCAAGCCUCCUUCGUCCCCUCUAACAACGAAUUUGCGCGAAUGACCUACAUCCAAGAAGAGCUCGCCUACGAGACCGGCUUCCAGUACCCACCCAAUCCGACUCCUCAGGCCACCCUCCCCUCGCGCAUCAACCCCGCCGCGCUCUCUAACCACCCGCUCAUCCCGCCGCAAGGCUUCCGCGGUGUGUUGACCGGCUAUGGGAGAAUGGCGAGAGAUGGCGCGCGCGGUGACCUCGAGAUGCCCUUCAGCUUCCCGCAGUACCCGUUCAACAUGGAGUCCGGGUUCGAGAUGCCGAGCAUGGCGGACUACCAGGCGGCGCUGCAGGACCCGCGGCUGAUGCAGGGCGGCGGACUCGACGAUACGGCGCAGGGUGUGUUUGCGCUGGGGACGAAUAUGAUGAGCAUGGCUGACGGGACGUCGAAUUCGUUUGACUCCGCGCAGUGGAACCAAUACCUUGGCGUUAUGGCCCAGGACGGCGCUGCAUCAGGCUACAGCGACAGUCAGGGACGAGGGCCGCACUUCCCGUACGGCCACGCACCGAACAAUCCUUACAACCGGCGCGGCAGCGGGCACUACUAGUAAGGCGGUCUCUUAUUUAUCUGCAUCUGCGACCUGCAGGCAGCGCGUAGCGUGGUGCAGUACAUAUUUACUACACUCCUUCUCAACAUCUCGCUCUUUAAUUCGUAAGAAUUAUGUACAGGCUAUCAAAUACAUGGCAGAUAGGUUGGAUACAUUGUCUUUCCCG